CACCACCUCCCUCCCCCCAUGGCCGCGACCGACCCCGGCCCCUCCUCAGCCUACUACCGCCGCUUCCCCGGCGGGUCCGACGGCCCGCUGCGCCCGCCCUCCCCGCCCGCUCCACCACUAGUGGACGCGGCGCAAACGGGGCGGGAGUAUCUCGACGCUGCUUCCUCAGGCGGCCUGUACGCGCUGCUCAACGUGCCGCGGGACGCGUCGCAUGCCGAGAUCCAGGCGCGGUAUCGCGCGCUCGCGGCGCAGUUCCACCCCGACAAGCAGCCGGACGAGGCGCGCCGCCGCGCCGCCCACGGCCGCUUCCAGGACAUACAGCGGGCGCACGAGGUGCUCUCCGAUCCGGCACGGCGCGUCGUGUACGACAUGUUUGGCGAGGAGGGCCUCCGGACUAGUUGGGAGGUCGGGCCGAGUAAUAUGACGCCCGCGCAGAUGCGGCGUCACUAUGCGCGCCAGGGCGAGGUGAAGCGCAAGCUUGAUGCCGAGGCGCUGGUUAAUUCCAAGGGCGAGCUCAACCUCACGUUCGACGCGCGAGGCGUCUUCCUCCCCGAGUCUGUUUUCGACGACCCAGACCGCAAAAUAGACCACUCGAUCAUCGGGCGCGCGCGCCGUCUCGCCGUGGGCCAGACGACGCUCAAGCACAGCUUCGAGACGCCGCUUUCAGACCACACGCAGGUGGUCGUCGAGUCCACGAUGGCCGCGAUGGGCGGGCACGGCGGCGCGAACGUGAGCGGCACGCUGCGGCACCAGUUCAGCCCGCGACUGUGGGCGCAGGUGUCGCAGUCGGUGCUUUUCCCGCGCAUCACCUCGCUCAAGGCCAACUACACACACGACGACAUGACGUUCGUGACGCUCAACGCGAUCGCGCAGGGCUGGGCGGUGCCGCCACGCCUGACCUUUACCUUUGGGCGGCAGCUGUGGCCGACGACCACGGGCUUCGUCAACUACUCGACGGGAUUCUGGGCGCUAGGGCCGUGGGGCGCGAAUAUGCCCGAAGAAAUGGCGUUGCAGGACAUGGGCUCGAUGUCCGUCGGCGCGACGAACGUCGGCGUCGGCGGCAAGGGCGGGUGGACGGUCGAGGCCGCCGCGGGGCUCACGAGCACGGGCGUGAGUGCCGACUACACCACGUUCGUUGCGGGUUUGCGGCUCAAGCUCGGCGCGGGGCUGGAUCUUAUCGACGGCGCGCACGGCUUCGUGGACGGCACAGCCCGAGUUACGGAGAACACGCGCGUCGGGGCCAUGAUCAAGCUCGCGACGUCGGGCGUGCGCCUCAUCUUCCACUUUGGGCGCGUGGGGCAGCGUAUCCGCAUCCCCAUCUUGCUCUCGUUCGACGCCAACCCCCGCGUCGUGUUCUGGAGCACGGUGCUGCCGAUUGCAGGCUGGGCAGGGUUCUACCACUGGUGGAUGGUGCCGCGGAAGCAGAAGCGGAUUGAGCGUCGCAUCAAGCGCUUGCGCGCCGAGCACGCCGACUACAUUGCGCAGAAGCGGCAGGAGGCGGCCGACGCCGUUCUGCUGCUGGAACGGACGGCGGCGGCGCGCGCCGAGUCCGAGCGCGCGCGCAACGGCCUCGUGAUCCUCGAUGCGCACUACGGGCGCGCGAGCGCGUUCACGCCGCGCGGGCUGCGCGACGAGACCGAGGACGGCGCACCCGUCCUCAUCGACGUCACGGUGCCGCUGCAGGCGCUCGUCGCCUCCAGCAAGCUCUACAUCCCCGCCGGGCCGGCCAAGCACAACCUCCUCGGGUUCUACGACCCGUGCAUUGGCGAGAACAAGCGGCUGCGCGUGCGGUACCUCUUCCAGGGCAAGGUGCACGAAGUCGAGGUCGACGAUGUGAGCGCGCUGCGCGCGCCCGUGCGCGCGCAUGCUGUUGACAACUAACUGUCACCUAUGCAUCAUAUUCUAUUC